AUGACCCAUGAGCCGCCCCACGCCUCAGUAUCCACGUCCCGCCCUAUGUUACUACGCUCGGCAGGACAUUCAACACGCACUCGAAGUUCGACGCCGCUCCCAUCCUCGCCGAAGAUCGAGUCGUCACUCGUGAACAGUCCGUCUUCAGAGGCAGGAUAUCACGGUCGUGAGCGCCAUUGGACUUCGUUAUCAGACGAGAAUGCUAGUCCCCUCAAUCCGCGCCCCGCCACGCCCGAAGAUCCAGAGGGUGCGCAUGCCGCACUGAUGAUCCAUACUUUGGCGGCCGCGAGUACCCUGAUGCGCCGUUUCGAGAAGCGGUCGCCGUGGCCCUCCUCCCACGAUCGCUCGAGCGAACAGUCCUCUCCGUCAUCCUCAGUCACAAGCAAUUCGUCCCGUGUGGACAGUACCGAUUCAUACGCCGCAGAAAGGGAGGAUUCCCCGGUCUCGGCGAGUUCCUUCAAUGUCUCGCUCGAUCGGCCCGUGUCACCACGCACCGCAUCCAAUGAUGACGAAGAAGUUCGCGUGCGAAGUUCGUGGUCACCCAAGCAGCGCGUACAGCUGCCGACGUCGAUUCUUGGCAAGCAUGCGCGCGCAGAGGAUUUCUACGAAGAGAAAUCUUCGGAGCUUCAGUCGUACUGUGACGAUGACGAUCAAGAGAUCGACGGGAUUGUCUAUACCGACUCCAUGGUCUAUAAGGUUUUUGAAGUCCCGCAAGGGUCGGGAAAGCCGGACCUCAAGAUCUACUUCAACAAGAAGAAUGUCAAACUCGAGAUCCUUAAAAUCGACGUCACGAAUGACCAGGAGGACUACCGCAAGUUUGCAGAACCCAUAUCGAACGAUCAGAUCCAGUGGCGCUGCAUCUACCCUACAUUUCAUGCGGGUGAGCCUGGUUUAUGCAACUACACGGCCCAGAGAAACAUGGUACGGCGCCAUGUCGAAUCUACUCACUUGAAGAUCAAACGCUUCCAGUGCAGCUGGUGCGGGAGUAAAUUCACUCAGCGCAGCAACGCGGAGCGAGCCCAUGUCAAUCUGCAGUAA